CAAAAUUAUUAUUAUUUAAUAAUACAACACUACAAAUCAAGAUGGCCAAGGAAAAAGUUGCUGCUCCAGCCAACAAAGGUGGAAAACAGAAGAAGAAGAAGUGGGGUACCUCCAAAGUCAAGGACAAGCUCAACAAUGUCACGACUAUUGACCAAAAGCUGUAUGACAGAAUCAUCAAGGACGGUCCAACCAUGAACAUGAUAACAAUUGCCACUUUCACCGAAAGAUUCAAGGUCUCCGGAGCCAUCUCCAGAAGAGCCAUGAAGGAACUUUUGUCCAAAGACUUGAUCGAGAGAGUCGGAGAAUACAACUCAAGCAACCCAAUUUAUCACGGACUCCAGGUCAAAGUAAAGAAGGACGAAGACGAAGGCAAGAAGAAGAAGGGAAAGAAAGGAAAGAAACAAGAAUAACUCAAUACGAAUAUA